AUGAAGGUAGGGGAUAGGUUCGGUCGUUCGUGGCUUAUUUUGGGGGACACUAACUUUGUCCUUAGUAGUUCUGAACGAGAGGGAUCAAAAGGUAGAGACCAGUUUAUCCCUGUAAUCUCAAAUCUGGUGAAUGCCCGGGGGCUUAUUUCUCUUCCCAUCCAGGGAGACAGGUUGACCUGGGACAACCAUCGUUCUGGGUCUAAUCAUGUUAAGUCGGCUUUGGAUAAAGGGCUCGCUAAUGGUGAUUGGGUUAGGCUUUUCCCGAAGGCUGUCCUUUGUUCUGUCCAGACUGCCAAUUCGGAUCACCGCCCUCUGUGUCUAUAUUCUGGUGGUUUGGGGGAGAACGUCAGAAGAAAUUUUAGGUUUGAGGAAGCCUUGACUAGGGAUGAGCGAAGUAAACUUGUGGUUGAUUUUGCUUGGAAGUCUGUCUCCUUUCCUUGGGCACCGGCCAGGAUCUUUAAGAAGAUUGGGGCUACUCGGGUUGCUCUUAUGCAUUGGAAUAGAUCCCAGUUUGGUAAUUUAGAUGUCCAAAUCCGUGAUCUCGAAAGAAGACUGGAUAGUGUUCAGAAGCUGCCUGUGGGAUCUAGAGAUUGGGAAAUGGAAAAGGAACUUCGCUACUCUCUAAAUGAGGCCCGAGCUAGGAAAGAAGUGUAUUGGAAACAAAGGGCUAGAAUUUCCUGGAUGAAGGAAGGGGCAAAUGCACCAAAUUCUUUUUCCUGA